AUGUCCUCUCCUCCCCUCCCUAUGCCCUCCCUCCCUCCCAGCCCUCUGGCCAUGGAGUACCUGAAUGACUUCGACCUCCUGAAGUUCGAGGUGAAAUCUGACACUCCUCCUCUUCCUCCUCAGUGUGCGUUUCCUAAAUCAGGCCUCCCUAAUGACCCUUCCAGUUCCCCGUACACUGGCCAUCCUCCGCAGGACUCCAGUCUAAGUUCCAGCCCGUACAACUCACUGCCCCCCUCACCGACGCUCAGUGACACCCACCCACCGCCAUCAGGCUCCUCCUCCCUCUCCUCCUCGUCCUCCUCCAUCUCUUUCCCUCUCUCCAUCCCCAACAGCUUUACCUCCAGCAUCAGCUCUCAGGGGAACGUGGAAGGCAGCCCGGCCCACGGCGGGCCUCAGGGUCCAACCCCAGCCUCCCUGGAGGACCUGAUCUGGCUGGCAGCUCUGCAGCAGCAGUUUGGAGGGGAGGUGACAGGACCCGCCACCCUGCUGGGAGCUCUGGGGGGAGUGCCAGAGAGAGGGGACCGCGAGAGGGGGCCGGUUAAUGGAUUUCUAGGCUGUGAGGAUGCUGUGGAGGCCCUUCUGAACUCUGCUGCAGCAGCCGUCAGUUCUCAGGUAACUUUCACUGACUAUAUACGGCAUAAAAUAAAUGUAGACACACUGACAUUGCCUGCUGGUUUGUUGUGCCUUGAACUCGGCUGCCAUGUUGGUUUCCAAAGCAUAGAGUGACCAUAUUUGGUGAAGGGGGCAGUAAAGAGUUAGCAAAUGUGACGUUAUCUACACUUCAUAAUUUUGGGUAAUCAAAUGGUAACCUGUAGUGUUGAAAGAUGGUGUGCAAGAAAAAACAAAGUAUCCACCUGAGGCUGUCUGCAAAAGCACAGAAUUUCAGCAGAGACUGCAUAGUGUUAGUUCAGGUCAAGCUAAGUCCUGACAACAUCAGCUGAUCUUGUCCCAGGCCUUAUUAUCAGCUGAUUACCCUCCACCCUCCAAUUGGCAAUUGUCAAAAUGGUCAUCUCAUUAAAAUCACUUUAUCCUGCCCACCUUUCCUGCUUCCUCAGCAAACUGCUUUGCUGCCCUCCUCCAUCCUAGCUCCUCCUUUUUUAUGUUGUGUCUGAUUUUACCAGUAGAAUAGAAUAGAAUAGAAUAGAAGAAUGUUCCUUUAUUGAUCCCCCAUGGGGGACAUUUUUUUGUCACAGCAGCAUCACAAAGUGCAAAAAUGCAGUUAUAAAAAUAAAGAUCGUAUAUUAAGAACUUAAAUAAAUGCUCUAAUUAGGAAAAAUAUAGAAAAGGAAAAGGGGAGAAGAAAAUAAAACUAUAUACAAUAUACACUAUUUAAGUACCAGAAAAAAGGUGGUGGUGUGAGUCCAGUUUUAUUACAGUUCGUUGUAAAGUCUUAUUGCAGAAGGGAGGAAUGACCUGAGGUAGCGCUCCGUCUUGCAGUGUCAUAUAUAUUGUCACAGCUGCCUGCUUUUCUCUGUACUCUUUGCUGCUGCUCUCCCUCCCUUGUCUUUUGCAAUCAUAUACACACAUGGAGGUAGAGGGAGCGCACACAACAGAACCAGACCCACAAAUACAGCCUGUUUACAGGCUGGAAUAAACAAUAGCCUUGGUCUCAAAAAGCUAAUUUCAUUAUUUUUUACUAAUGUAUGUACUGUACGUUUUUUUUUUUUCUUACCUAUUUUAUUAUAUUAAGAAUGAGAGUUACGCAUGAAUUUGCAUGAUUAGGGCCUGUAGUCAAAACAAUAGGUUUACGCCUACUGGCAAACAGCAAAACAGUUUUUUUUCCAAACCAGGCUGAACCACUGACUUUUUGGUCUCACUGUAUACGUUGUUUCCAGUGUCUCUACAGCCGGUCUGUAGUGGACACAGUGAACUGCAGUUUUUAGCCUUUUAGCUUCAAUUCUCAAGACCUGAGGUUGCUGCCUGGGAUUAACUCACUUUUGGAGUCAGCCUCCAGUGGACACUUGAGAAACUGCAGCUUUUGAUACUUACACAUUGGAUUUUCUUUUAGUCCAGGUUGUACCUUGAUAGCUAUCUGUCUUCUCAAAGAAUUAACUUCAAUUUCCUCCUGUCUCUCUAUUUCUUCAUUCUCCCCCUCCAUCCUCCAGUUUCCGGGUCUUUCUCAGAGCUCCAGCAGUAACCUGGGAGACUCCAGCAGUGACAGUGGAGGUGAUAUCUCCUGCACCAAAGGGACAGAUAUGUGCCACCGCCCACUUGUCUUUCUCUCAUCAGCCCCUCCAUCACUUCCCAAUGCUGCCCCCGGCUCGGCUCCAUACCCCCAAGCCCUCAGCCCGACGGGCCGCCUUCAUCACCAUCAGCAUCACCAUCAUCAGCACCAUCCUCACCACCCCAUGCAUGGCAACCAUCAUCAUCACCACCAUUCACAAGUCUCUCAGGUACACAGCGCAUCACCAACACGCAUCAAUUCAUUUGUUUUCAUUGACAAGACAGCACAGAGGGAACUGCUUUUUGACAGGGCAUGGCGAUGUUGUACAUUACAUAAGAUCAACUUGGCUUAAAUGAAAAUAACGUGCAGUAACUUCCUAGGAGUGGUUUAUCAAAUGUGGAUAUUUCAAGUAAGCCUGCUGCUAUUUUCCUCUGAGGUUCAAGUUCAGCUACUGACAGACAAAAGAUUGUAAAAUUUCUGGAGGAUACUGGACCAUAAAUUAGGGAUCCCAAGCAAACCUGUAACCCCAUUGAUAAUCCAGGCUAGCAUUAGCACUUCAAUCAUUUCUUUUUAUAGGCUGUAAUUAAAACUGUGGAAUCUGUUAUUUCAGCAAACUGAACUGAGAAAAUCACCAGAAACUGUGUGAAGAUUACGCAUAUGAAUGAAGCACAUGUGUAACCUACUAUUAACAGUGAAACUGAGACUUAGAACAAACUGAUAUACCAGCACUACUUGGAGGGAUGAUGAGACAAGUCAUGUUUCCAUUUUUAGGACGUUCCUAAGGGGGAAAAUUUCACUUUUCUUUUAAUCUGAACACAUAGCUGCUUCUUAUAUUGCUAAUUAGACAUUGAACAAUGCAACAUAUGAAACUGGAAACCGAGUUUAUCUGAAGCCACAAACUUUACCAGAAAUACUCAGAAUUUUGCCAUAUAUCGACAUCAAAAGAUAUCAGAUGGCUCCCUGAAUUGGCAUUCAAGCACUUGCUGGCUAGUAUCACAUUUUGGUGUUUUUGCACGAUAUUUUGAGCAGGAUGUCAAUUAGAUGUUACAUUUCUUGUUAGACCUCACCUUUACACAUGGCCCAGAAUUCAUGAUCCAUUGCCUUCACAGUUGCUGAUUAACUAACAAAGCUUGAAGCUUAAUAAGAAAGGCUUUUUGUUUCAUACAUCCUCGAGUACCAAAGUUUAACAUUUUAAAACUGUUUAAAGAAAAUACAGCAUAAACACUUCUAAAUAUACACUGAAUAUUGUAUUUACAUCAGCCUGUUUUGUCCUCUGGACACCUGUUACAGCUAAAAGAAGUUAAACCAUGAUUGGCGAUGUUUUUAACAAAAUGAGGCUUAUCAUCGUAUCCUGUCUCAUAACAAUAUGGAACAGGAGAGAAAUCAGAGUGACUUGUUUUGACUUCUUGCAUGCAUACUUUUAUAGUUUGAAGACCCUUGUUUAGAGGUGAAAGACUUGAUGUGACACUUGUCGCAUUAGAGGGCUGAGCGGGUGGAGAGAGGGAUUGAACAGUGAAGGAUUAGGAUUAGGACAUUAGAACAUGGUUAUUAAUGUCUGUGCAGAUCCAAAGUAUCACUUUAAGUAGCUAUGUCUGUGAGGAAACAAUGAGACGAGCUACAUCUUUGUCUGUGAGGCCACAGAGGAUUAAUUGCAACACUUCAGGCUUUCCGUCAUGUAAAUAUCAAAGAAAACAUAAAGUGCAAAAGUAUUCUCCACUUCAGUGAUAUAUUUUAUAUGAUGACCAAUAUGUUUUACUUUAUUAUUGUUUGUGCAUCAACCUCACAAAUGAGAGCACAGGACAGGAGUUUAAUUCAUAAUAAAUACAGUGCAUUGAUUAAACUUAAAAUCAAUCAUUUCAAUCUGUACUACAAGCUAUGUAUUACAUGUGUAAUUGCUUCUUGAAAUUACAAAGAGGUGAGGUGAUUUUAAGUGCCCUUUUUUGCAAUUUUAGAUCUUUCCUAUAAGAAAUUGCAGCAAAAAAGUAUUGAAACAACUUUCUACAUUCAUACAAGUCAGCUGUGCUUGAAGAAAACACAAUUACAGCAUGUUGGUGUGAUUAUUUUUGUCGGUAAACUUUGUCAUCUGGUCGAUCAGGAUGUCUGUGAGGGUCUUUAUGUGGAGCACGCUGUGAGCUUAUGAUAAUAUCUGCUAUUAUUGCUGCCUGUAAUCCUGAUAACUGUCACCCACACUCAGUCAGAUUAUGCCACAGAUUAUAGACAUGUGGUGAUGAAAUGUGUCCUCACACGUCCACCAACCAUAUUGCAGUUUUAUACGUUUAAAUCAAACACUUUACACUCAAUCUCAGCAUGUGUUUAAACUUAUUUUUCCUCUUUUUUUCCUCCGUCUGUUCUUCAGUGUGGCGUGAACGAACGUUUCUCUGACGAGCAGCUGGUGAGUCUGUCCGUGCGUGAGCUGAACCGACACCUGCGCGGCGUGAGUAAGGACGAGGUGGUGCGUCUGAAGCAGAAACGCCGCACACUAAAGAACCGUGGCUACGCCCAAUCCUGCCGCUACAAACGUCUGCAGCACCGCCAUGCUCUGGAGUCAGAGAAACACGUGCUCACACAACAGGUACACCAGAUCAAAAUUAUGAUCGCUCUUCUUAACCAGGCUCCAAAUUAGAUCCUAAAUUUUUGAAAUUAUGGGUGCAAAGGAAAUAUAUUCACUGUGUGACAGUCCUAAAAACCAUGAGGUUACAUACCUGACCGUUGCUGAGUAAGAUAAAGUAAGUAUGCAGACCCCAAAAAGAUCACCUUUGAACAAGAAUGAAGCCUGAACACAGAGUCAACAUUUUCAUCCUACACAUCUGGUAGCUACUGUAUCGACCUUUGACAUAUCUCACAAAACCCCAAUCCAGAAAAAUUGGGAGGCUCAGUUAAAUGCCCCAAUUUUGUUAAAACAAUUGAUGGUUUGAAAAUCAUUUAUGACUACAAUCAAUUGCAAAAGUUUCGUAGCAAUAUAUCAAAUGCUGAACUGAAAAUGUUAGUGCUCUAUAAAGGUUUGUUGAUGUUCAGACAGUAAAGAUGUCUGAAACUGGAGAUAUUCUUUAAAUAAAUAAGGGUAUUUUACUGAUCUAACUGAGCAUCAAAACUGAAAUCAGACUCUACCAUCACUCUGCAUUUCGUGACUUCAGUUUUGACCUACAUUAAAAAGCAUAAAUGCUGUUUUCCUCAGUUUGCACAGGCUCCUGUUAAAAAAAUCACAUUUUUCCUCAUUUAAGUUCUUCAAUGUCUGUAAGUGAGCAUCUCAGCACUCUGUAAAGUGAAUCUUCUCGUCUUUCCCCUCCUCAGUUGGAACAGCUCCAGUGCGAGCUGACUCGAGUGCUGAGGGAGCGAGACGCCUACAAGGCUCGCUACGAGAAGCUCCUCAGCACCAACCAUAGCGUCGCCAGUGACGCUCCACCAACCCGCACCAGCAACCCACCUUCACCACCCCCUGACUACUUCCUCUGA